AUCCAGCCCAGCAAAGUAUCCAGCAAUGUUUUAUAAAAUUAUUGAUGAUGAUCUCAAUGAUUUGACGUCCUUGUCAUUUUCCGAGCUGCGGAGAAAAGGGUUGGAGUUUCAGCCACCCGCUAUCUUGGCCCGGCGCUCCAACUCAGAUACCCCUAAAUUCCAUGCACCGGAAACUUGCGCGAGUAUCUUAACAUGUACCAUCGCAAGGACGCGGAAACGUAUACGGAUUUCCUCGUGGCCUCGAGAUUCGACAUACUGCAAGGAAAACAGCAACAAUUUGCUUUCUCAGAAAUUAUCGCAAAAAGUACGAAAGGUGACUAACUUUGGUGUCAGACAGUCUGUACACAAAGUUGCUCGGCAGAAAGGAAUAUCUUCAGGACGCACAUAUACCUCACGGUAUCGUGGAGUGCAUCAGACAUUCCCCACUCGUCGCUGGGAAGCACAGUUCAGACGAAACGGUAAACCAACUUCUCUAGGUUGCUUUGAUCGAGAAGAAGAAGCAGCAAGGGCGUAUGACCGGAUGAUGGUGUGGUGUGAACUCCACGUAUGCGAAAAUAGGGUCGCUCCAAAAAGCGGAUUGAAGCCUGGAUUUGCAUCUCUGCCAUUGAAUUUUGAUUGUGGCGAAUACGAAAAUGACUAUGAGGGAUUGAGAAAAAUGACUCAGGAUGAACUGGUUCAAAACCUGAGAAGACAGGGACGACUGCAGGCAACUACAAAUAACUUCGGUGGAUAGUGCAUGACAUACUUUCGAUAGUCUAUAUAUGAUAUGAUGUACACACUCUCUCUGCGACAUUUACAACUUCUUCACACACUGUGAUAUUCCGGGUUUGAGUUUUUCCUUCGAAGGUAGCACUACCUGAACCUUUUACAACGGUGACGUCUACCCACAGCCAUAAGAAGAGCAAAACCCGUGGAACUCUGAAAGAUCUUGUUCUAGUUUCUAGUCUAAGCAGCCAUUCAUGGGGACAGGAAUAUAAGAACACCAAUACACUGGCCAGAGUCUGUAAAAAUCGCAUUUCCGAACGAUUAAAAGUUAUCAUGGAGGGAGUUCUAUCCCUGCCCUGGUUUCUGCCGUCUAAACAAUUCGGCCACUAUCUCAGCAACACUUGCGUUUGUCAGGGUUUUCUCGCAGGAGACGUCGUGCACCUCAGAAUAGUUUGGCACUGUAUCAUAACCAAAAUUAUCGUCUCCUUGAAAUGAACAGGCAAAUUUACCCUGAUCAAACCCUGUGCUCCUGAUUCGACUGACGACAUCCUUAUAACGAUGCUGUCCAGGUACAAGUUUUCGCUGAGAAACUGGUUGAUUCAGCAGUGAGAGAACUUGAGUGACUGAGGGAUGUAAAAGUGGAAAGAGUGCCUUGCGCAGCGAUGGGAAUAAUGAAGAAAAAGUCCCCUCUUCGCGUGUCAAAAACUUCUUGAUGUGG